AGCCUUCAACCCAGGAGUAGGAUGUUACGCGUGUGACGCAAGUUGACGUCGCGUCAUUGUGGACUGAAGCCCGUGCCCCACGUUACGGUGUCGACGUGAGAUGGUCAGAAAGUAAAAUUGAUUUGUUAGUACCAGGAGAGAACAGCAGCAUUUUCAAGGUUUCGUCGGAUUUUGGGGUUGGUCUCGGACAUUGGGUCGUUUUUUUUUUUGACGGACACAGCUGUUUUCAGGAAGAUGGAUCCGAAGGACAACACGAGUACCGCAUCUUGCGAAAGCCCCGUUUGUGUGCACAACCCCCACCUGGAUUCACUGAAAGAUGACAUCUUGUACCACUUCAGUUUAGGAACUGGAACACACAAUCUACCCGCUAUGUUUGGUGAUGUCAAAUUUGUGUGUGUUGGGGGCAGUCCUUGGAGAAUGAUGUCAUUCAUUAAGUACAUUGCUGCUGAGCUCAGAAUGGAGGACCCCAAAUCAGAGUACCCCAAUAUAUGUGCUGGAACGGACCGAUACGCUAUGUACAAAGUUGGCCCUGUGCUCUCUGUCAGUCAUGGGAUGGGAAUCCCAUCCAUCGCCAUAAUGUUGCAUGAGCUUAUAAAGCUCCUCCAUCACUCACAUUGCACAGAUGUGACCAUUAUUCGCAUUGGGACAUCAGGCGGAAUAGGGCUCGAGCCCGGCACUGUCGUUGUCACCAAGCAGUCUGUUGAUGCCACCUUCCUACCCAAGUUUGAGCAGGUGAUCCUGGGGAAGACGGUGGUGCGUAACACAGAUCUGGACCAGAGCCUAGCUGAAGAGCUGUUACAGUGCAGCAAAGAGCUGAACCAGUUUGAGACAGUGAUAGGCAACACAAUGUGUACCCUGGAUUUCUAUGAAGGACAAGCCCGUUUGGAUGGUGCGUUCUGCUCCUAUACUGAGACGGAUAAGCAGGACUUCCUUAACAGAGCCAAUGAAGCAGGGGUCUGCAAUAUUGAAAUGGAGUCUUCAGUUUUUGCUGCUAUGUGCAAGCUGAGCGGUCUACGAGCUGCUGUGGUUUGUGUGACACUACUGGAUCGUCUGAAGGGGGAUCAGCUGAGCAGCUCUAGCGAAGUUCUUCACGAUUACCAACAUCGCCCACAAGUACUAGUCAGCUGCUACAUUAAGAAGCAGCUGAAGGCCAAAGCCGCACGUAGAUAAGUGCAACAUUUACACACAAGAAUACACCAGACGAUCAGUGAUGUAUCUCACAUUGAAACUUAUGAAAUACUGAAUACUUGGUGCAAUGCAAUAAUUCAGCUUUCAACAUUUUUCCAUCACACCUUUGAUAUACGUGAAACGAUCACUUUAUAGUUCGUCACACGAUAAAUUGACCUCUAUUUAUCAUUCCAUACAUCUUAAGUUUAGUACACCAGCAUGUACAACCUUUCACUUUUGUAUCUGAGCAUAUAAUAUUCUGUAAGUAGCUCUAAUCUAUUUAACAUUUUAAGUACCUUGACCAUAACACUUGACCACUUCUUGACCUUUGCUAAGUCUUGGCUUUAAACUGUGAUGUAUCGAUUGAAUGUUCCUUGUUUUAUAAUAUUGAAAAACUUAGGUCCCAAUGACAGUGAGUGUUGUUGUUGAACCUUAAAAAUAUGUAUCAUCUGAAAUAUUCCUCUAUGCAGAAAGUAUGUUAAGUCUGUUUUUUGUAAUGUUUUAAAAGUUUUAUUUAGUGACGAAAAUUUCAACAAACUGUCGUUGAUGAUGAGAAAAACAUCAAGAAUGUCCUAUCUCUAAUAAAGCUCUAUCCAGCCA